UGAUGAAGGAGGAGUUCAGGUUAUAGCUUCAGGCUGAUCAGAACGUGUGGAUCCGUCAGGUGACACCGCAGCUUCUCCUCCAGGUUCUCCAGGUUCUACAGGUUCUUCGGGUUCCUCUGCUGGAUUAAAUCCGAUCCGGAAUCAGAGUUUUUCAUCUCGCUGCAGUUUCGGCUGUGAUGACAUCUUCUGGACGUCCUUCUUCUUCUUCUUCACGUCGCUGAGGAUCCUCCAGAGAUGCUUCCAGACUUCAGGUCCCUCCAAGUUCUGGUUCUGGUUCUCCUCGUGCUGCUGCAGACCUCAGAGUCCAGAUCCUGGAUCCAGACGGGGCCUCGGCUGCAGAUCUCACACUCAGAGCUGAGGAACGGUUCUGCGGUGUUCUGGGAGGACGGGGUCAGUGGAGGGUUCCAGGUUCUGCUGCUGGACGAGGACCAGGGCUGGUUACUGGUGGGAGGGAAAGACCACGUCUACCUGCUGAGGCCGGACGGUCUGGACCUGAAGACCAGGACGAUCUACUGGCCGGCUGCUAGAGAACAUGUGGAACACUGUAGACUGGCAGGAAAGAGUCUGGAGACCGACUGCGCCAACUUUGUCCGUCUGCUGCAGCCGUUCAAUAAAACUCACGUUUAUGUUUGUGGCACCGGAGCUUUCCAUCCUCAGUGUUCAUAUCUGGAGCUGGGACCCAACGCAGAGUUCCUGUUGUCUCCGUCGGUGGAGUCUGGACGAGGAAAGUGUCCCUUCAGCCCCAGAGAGCCGUUCGCCGCCCGGCUGGCCGAGGGUGAACUCUAUGCAGGAACCUCAGUGGACUUCAUGGGAGCGAACGCCGCCAUCUUCAGGACGUCCAUCCAGGGCAGCAGCCAGCACUACAUCCGGACCGAAGCCUACGACCACAACUGGCUCAACGAGCCGGAGUUUGUCGGUUCCUUCUCCAUCCCCGACACUCACAGUCCAGAUGACGAUAAAGUUUAUUUCUUCUUCAAGGAGAGAGCUGUGGAGGCCGGACAGUGGGACCAGAGGGUUUACAGCCGAGUGGCUCGAGUCUGCAAGAACGACGUUGGAGGAAAGAGGAGUCUGAUCAACCGCUGGACGACCUUCCUGAAAGCCCGGCUCGUCUGUUCGGUUCCGGGUCCGUCUGGAGUCGACACUCAGUUCGACGAGCUCGAGGACAUCUUUGUUCUGGAGACCAAAGACCCUCAGAAUCCGACCGUCUAUGGAGUCUUCAGCACGUCCAGCUCCGUAUUUCGUGGUUCUGCCGUUUGUGUUUAUUCGAUGGCGUCCAUCAGAGCAGCUUUCAACGGACCGUUCGCCCAUAAGGAAGGUCCCGACUAUCGCUGGGUGGAGUAUAAAGGACGGAUUCCUUAUCCAAGACCUGGAACUUGUCCCAGUGAGACGUACGACGUCCUCCAUAAGUCCACCAAAGAUUUCCCCGACGACGUCAUCAGCUUCAUGAGGCAGCACCAGCUGAUGUGGGAACCCGUCCUGCCUCUGGGGGGACGGCCCGUCCUGACCCGGGUCCAGCAGGACUACAUGCUGAAGAAGGUGGUGGUGGACCGAGUGGAGGCCGAGGACGGAGCGUACGACGUCCUCCACCUGGGGACAGAUGAUGGGAAGGUGGUGAAGGCUGUGUCGGUCAUUAAGGACAGCUGGAACAGGGAGGAGAUCAUUCUGGAGGAGAUGAGCAUCUUCCAGAGUCCGACUCCCAUCCUGAGCAUGAAGCUUUCCACCAAGAGGCAACAUCUGUACGUCUCCAGCGACGUUGGCGUCGUCCAGCUGAGCCUCCACAGAUGUGACUUUUAUGGAUCCGACUGUGCUGAGUGCUGCCUGGCCAGAGACCCUUACUGCUCCUGGGACGGACAGACCUGCUCCAGGUUCUUCCCGUCCAGCAAGAGGCGUGCACGGCGGCAGGAUGUGAAGCAUGGAGACCCCUGGAGUCAGUGUCCAAUCACAGAGGACGACUCUGGCUCUGUGGAGGUGAAGCAGGUUUACGGCGUCGAAGGAAACUCGACCUUCCUGGAGUGUUCGUCUCGGUCCGGUCAGGCUGAGAUCAGAUGGACGCUGCAGCAGGACCAGAACAGAGAGCUGCCUCUGACUGACGAUGACCGGCGCCUCCUCCUGAAGCGAGGUUUGCUGCUGCAGCGUUUGGACCCGACCGACGCCGGAGUCUACAGCUGCAGCACCCACGAGCAGAACUACGUCCAGCUGCAGGCCCGCUACCGGCUCCACGUCCUGCCCCAGCACGGCCUGCAGCCGGCGGGGAAGCUGCCGGGUCUUCAGCCGGGUCUUCAGGCCCACAGGAACUCGUGGCCAAAUCCUCUGAGGAGCUACAAAGACCUGCAGAUGGUGGACUCCCUGAACAUGGACCAGUACUGUGAGCAGCUCUGGUACCGAGAAAAACGCCGGCAGCAGAAGCUCCGGACGCUGAAGCUGAAGCAGGAGAACAGGAAGGCCCGAGUGAGGAGGAAUAAUCCUCCAGAACGGUCCAGACAGGAGGAAUAGUCCUCCAGAACGGUCCAGACAGGAGGAAUAAUCCUCCAGAACGGUCCAGACAGGAGGAAUAGUCCUCCAGAACGGCCCAGCCAGGAGGAAUAAUCCUCCAGAACGGCCCAGCCAGGAGGAAUAGUCCUCCAGAACGGUCCGGACAGGAGGAAUAAUCCUCCAGAACGGUCCGGACAGGAGGAAUAAUCCUCCAGAACGGCCCAGCCAGGAGGAAUAAUCCUCCAGAACGGUCCAGACAGGAGGAAUAGUCCUCCAGAACAGCCCAGCCAGGAGGAAUAGUCCUCCAGAACGGUCCGGACAGGAGGAAUAGUCCUCCAGAACGGCCCAGCCAGGAGGAAUAAUCCUCCAGAACGGUCCGGACAGGAGGAAUAGUCCUCCAGAAGGGUCCGGACAGGAGGAAUAAUCCUCCAGAACGGUCCAGACAGGAGGAAUAGUCCUCCAGAACGGUCCGGACAGGAGGAAUAGUCCUCCAGAAUGGCCCAGCCAGGAGGAAUAAUCCUCCAGAACGGUCCGGACAGGAGGAAUAAUCCUCCAGAACGGUCCGGACAGGAGGAAUAGUCCUCCAGAACGGUCCGGACAGGAGGAAUAGUCCUCCAGAACGGUCCGGACAGGAGGAAUAAUCCUCCAGAACGGUCCAGACAGGAGGAAUAAUCCUCCAGAACGGUCCAGACAGGAGGAAUAGUCCUCCAGAACGGUCCGGACAGGAGGAAUAGUCCUCCAGAACGGCCCAGCCAGGAGGAAUAGUCCUCCAGAACGGUCCGGACAGGAGGAAUAGUCCUCCAGAACGGUCCGGACAGGAGGAAUAAUCCUCCAGAACGGCCCAGCCAGGAGGAAUAAUCCUCCAGAACGGUCCAGACAGGAGGAAUAGUCCUCCAGAACGGCCCAGCCAGGAGGAAUAGUCCUCCAGAACGGUCCGGACAGGAGGAAUAGUCCUCCAGAACGGUCCGGACAGGAGGAAUAAUCCUCCAGAACGGUCCACACAGGAGGAAUAGUCCUCCAGAACGGUCCAGACAGGAGGAAUAGUCCUCCAGAACGGCCCAGCCAGGAGGAAUAGUCCUCCAGAACGGUCUGGACAGGAGGAAUAGUCCUCCAGAACGGUCCGGACAGGAGGAAUAAUCCUCCAGAACGGUCCAGACAGGAGGAAUAGUCCUCCAGAAUGGCCCAGCCAGGAGGAAUAAUCCUCCAGAACGGUCCAGACAGGAGGAAUAAUCCUCCAGAACCGUCCGGACAGGAGGAAUAAUCCUCCAGAACGGUCCAGAAAGGAGGAAUAGUCCUCCAGAACGGUCCAGACAGGAGGAAUAAUCCUCCAGAACGGUCCAGAAAGGAAGAAUAGUCCUCCAGAACGGUCCAGACAGGAGGAAUAAUCCUCCAGAACGGUCCAGAAAGGAGGAAUAGUCCUCCAGAACGGUCCAGACAGGAGGAAUAAUCCUCCAGAACGGUCCGGACAGGAGGAAUAGUCCUCCAGAACGGUCCAGACAGGAGGAAUAAUCCUCCAGAACGGUCCAGAAAGGAGGAAUAGUCCUCCAGAACGGUUAAAUCUAUCAGGCCGAGGACUUAGAGGAACCAGAACCAGACAGUUUGCUUUCUGAGCAAAGAACAAUAAGCAAUGCAGACUAUAAUCUCCAUAAACACUGAUUAAUAUUCCAGAUAUCCUGAAUAUUUUCACACAUAGACGCAACAGAACAAUGGAAAACUUGUGUUUAUCGGUUAUUUAUCAGUUUUGUUGUGUAAAACGUACUAAAACAUGUACAUUCAUUGCAGACGCUUUACAAAAAGACUUUCUACCGAGGAGUGAACACAGUUAAAAUAGAAGUGAUGCAUCUUUUGUUGUUGUUCAACCAUCGAACCGUAACUUUUAUUAACCUUUAACCGGCUAGCGAUGCCAAAAAUAUGAAGUUAUCUCAGUUUGAACUUAUUUAGUUUGUUAAAGGAGCCAUAAAAACAUCAGUGCUGUUUGUUUUUUUUCAAAUUAGAAGAUUUUUUUGUGUUUUCCAGUUAACUUCUUGAGAAAUUUCCUCUGAACCUGUUUUAAAUGAGCUCCUGUUUAACUGUAAAUUAUGAAGAUAUUCCUAAGAAAAGUCCAUACAGUUUGGAAUUAAAGACAUCCUCUGGAAUAAACCUUUAAAAUUUUAAAUCCUUGGUUAGAGAGUACCAUUGAGUAAAAUAAACAUUUAAAACCACAGCUCAUUGGUUAGAAAAUGCCAUUUUUGUGGAAUAAACCUUCGAAACAAGUACUUGGAUAGAAAGUAGUAUUUUGGGUGGUCAAAAAACAGAACUUGGUAGUUCGUUGAUAGAAUAAACCCUUAGUACUUGCACAGAAAGUGGUUUUAGGUGGAAUAAUCAUUUAAAACCAUAACUCAUUGGUUAGGAAGUCACAUUUUUGUGGAAUAAACCUUUAAAACACAGGUACCUGGACAGAAAGUAACAUCUGGGGUGGACAAAAAACAUACCUUGUGAGUUAGAAAGUGAUUUUUGAUCAAACAAACCCGUAGUAGUUGGACAGAAAGUAAUACUUAGCUGGAAUAAACCUUUAAAAGCAUAACUUAUUGGUUAGAAAGUACGUUUUGAUAGAAUAAACUCUUAAUACUUGGACAGAAAGUGGUAUUUAGGUGGAAUAAACAUUUAAAACUUUAAACAGUUAGAUAAGAACAAGUAUCUUUGAUUGAAUAAACUUUUAAAAUCAUAACUCAUUGGUUAGAAAGUACUGUUUUGGUGGAAUAAACCUUUAAAACACAAGUACUUGGAUAGAAAGUAGUAUUUUGGUUGGGAAAAAACAUAAACUUGUUAGUUAGUACUUGGACAGGAAGUAGUAUUCUGUGUGACCACCAGGGGCCGUCAUGGUGGAAUAAACCUUAAAAUUCAAAACUCAAAGAUCAAUGCACUAAUUAACACAAAAAACAUAAUAUGUAAAACAUGUCAUUGGAUAAAAAUGAAGAAAUAACGACAUUUUUUAUCCAAAACGUCAAAUUUCAGCCUCCCUGAACAACAUAAUGUUCUUCAGAAACACUUUUCUGGACGAUUAUUAAACACUAAAACUCAGAAACACCGACAGAUGGAUGUAAACUGUAAACUGACUAUUUUAUACCAAACUUGGACGUGUUUUUUGUAAUUUGCAGUGAAAAAUUUGCUAUUUUUAUGCAAGUUUUGAGGAAAGUUUUGCAGAAAUUAGCUGAACAAUGACAGGAUCCUUAAAGUACAUCACCACUGAAUGUUUAUAGUGUUUAAAAGAGUCAUAAAGUAGCAAACCUUAUCGAAGUACUUAGUUGAAUGCUUUUAAAUGUACUAAAAUCUCCUCUUCUUGUACAGUUUAUGGAGUUUUUUUUAACCCAGAUUCUAUAUUCAAACCUCCUGUAACCAACAUGACAUGAAUCCCAGUAUAUAUAUAGUUGUGUUUUAUAAGUUAAUUUGAUUUCUUUCUUCACGUGUUCAACAGAAACUUGUAUUUAAGUUUGUUCAGAAACACCUGAUGGAUUAAAACGCACAUAUUAAACAGACUGAAGCUCAGUCACACACCUGUAUAUUAAAGAACUCUAUUUUUGAUAGUUUUCUUUCUUUAUCCAGUAGAAUAUAGCUCAUUUUGUCUGUUUCUAUAAAACUGUUUGUGUGGUUUUUUUUUAACUUCACGACUUUAAUAAGCUUUGAGAUGAAGACCGACUGAAGACGACUGGUGAAUAAAGCCACAAAUGAUGACUGACAUUUGAAAUAAAACAAAUAAAACAGUUAAAAGUU